UGAGAGAAGUAUUUUCCAUUUCAGAUGUCAUAUUUUCCUUCCACGGUAAAAGAAAGGAUAUAAAGUUGAUAACAUAAGCCUUACGUAUGAAUUGACAUCACUCACACAUGUGUUUGAGUGCAUGGUUGACCAUUCCAAGAAAGCUCUACCUCUCUAGAAACAGCCGUACCCUUCUCACACUCUCAACCCAUUACACAAAUAUUCUCAGUAUCCCCCAUAAGAGAAUUCCACAACGACUGCCACAAACCACAACCAAACAACAACAAACCGCCACUAAACUCCAGAAACUAGCCUCCCUAAUAAUCCCAAUUAACAAUUAAUCCCUCUCUCUCUCUCUCUCUCUCUCUCUCUCUCUCUCUCUCUCACUAAAAAGAAAAUAAUUAAAUUGCAUUAGCCUUUUCCAAAACACCUCAUCCCACCUAUAUAAAGCAGCAGCACCACAUCAUUCUUUCUCAUCACAUUCCCACAAAAUAUAGCAUAUACCACCCUUCCCUCCCAAAAGCGCUUCACCAAAAAGCACUUUGCCAAACAUGGCGCAAGCACAACCACGGCCACCUCACAUCGCAAUUCUUCCGAGUCCGGGCAUGGGCCACCUCAUCCCACUCGCCGAGUUCGCCAAGCAAGUCGUCCACUACCACAAUUUCACUGUCACCUUCAUCGUCCCCUGCGAUGGCCCUCCGACGAAGGCCCAGAAAUCCGUCCUCGACGCCCUCCCAAUCGCAAUUGACCACGUGUUCCUCCCGUCGGUCAGCUUCGACGAUCUUCCCCAGGGCUCCAAAAUCGAAACACUAAUUUCCCUCACCGUCAGUCGGUCCCUGACCUCCCUCCAUGACGCGAUCAAGUCCUUGAUUUCCCGCGCAAACCUCGUCGGGCUCGUGGUUGAUCUCUUCGGCACCGACGCCUUCGACGUCGCCGAAGAAUUCAACCUCUCCAAGUACAUUUUCUUCCCCUCCACGGCCAUGGCGCUGUCUCUCUUCCUCUACUUGCCGAAGCUCGACGAAACGACGUCGUGCGAGUACAGGGAGCUUGCGGAGCCGGUCACAAUCCCCGGGUGCAUUCCGAUUCACGGUCGCGAUUUGCUCGACCCGGUUCAGGAUCGUAAGGACGAGGCCUACAAAUGGGUCCUUCACCACUCGAAACGGUACCGUUUGGCCGACGGUAUCAUGGUGAAUAGCUUCGCGGAGUUGGAGCCCGGCGCUUUGAGAGCUUUGCAAGGGAGCGAACCGGGUAAGCCGCCGGUUUACCCGGUUGGACCGCUCGUGAAAAUGGAGUUCAGUAACGCUUUGGACGAGCAGUCUUCCAAGUGUCUGAAGUGGCUGGAUGAGCAGCCACGUGGGUCUGUGCUGUACGUCUCCUUCGGGAGUGGCGGGACCCUCUCGUACGACCAGAUCAAUGAGUUGGCUCUUGGGUUGGAAAUGAGUGAGCAGAGGUUCUUGUGGGUGGUGAGGAGCCCAAGCGACAAGGCUGCCAAUGCCACCUAUUUCAGCGUUCACAGCCAAAACGACCCAUUGGAGUUUUUGCCAAAAGGAUUUUUGGGUAGGACCCAGGGGAGGGGCCUGGUGGUCCCAAAUUGGGCCCCACAGGCGCAGAUUCUAGGCCACAUGUCCACAGGAGGGUUCUUGACCCAUUGUGGUUGGAACUCGGCCUUGGAAAGCGUUGUAAAUGGUGUGCCUCUUGUGGCCUGGCCGCUGUACGCCGAGCAGAAAAUGAACGCUGUGAUGUUCACUGAGGAUAUAAAAGUGGCAUUGAGGCCCAAAGCCAGUGAAAAUGGGCUGGUGGGUAGGGAGGAAAUUGCUCUGGUGGUUCAGGCUCUCAUGGAAGGCGAGGACGGUAAGCGGCUCAGAAACCGAAUGAAGGACCUGAAAGAUGCCGCCGCUAAAGCUCUGAGUGAGGAUGGGGCUUCCACAAGGGCACUCGCUCAUGUGGUGACGAAGUGGAAAACCCAAUUUUCCAAUUGAAAAUUUAGUCUUUAAUUAGUUUCUUCGUGCAUCCCCCUACCCCCUAUGUUUUUUCUUUAUUUUUAUCUUUCCUUUCAUGUUAGUAUAAUACUUGUGAGAUACCAUGGAGCAUAUAUAGAACAAGCAUUUCAUGUUUAAUCUAUGGAGUUGGUGAGAUGGAUGCGGCCUUAA